AUGACUAGUCAAAUUGCCGCUAGCAACAUCCUUUCCCUCCGGUUCCACACAGAAGAGCUAGAUAAUAACAGGAAGUUCCAGCUAAACCGCGAAAGGCGUUUAUACUUGGGCUUCAUUGUGAUCACAACCUUCGAGGCAGAGCGUUCCGUGACCCUCUUUUGCAAUGGCCUUACUAAAACACGGCUGAAUCUCUUGGAGGCACUGAGAUCUGGACUGCUGGAACUCACGGAAUCUGUCAAUGGCAACAUCAUCAUGCCACCUACUGCACCAUCAUCUCCGCUGGGCCGGCGCAAUAUACCCCCUAGGCCAUCGCCACAGCAUCGGCAGAUAUCCAUCGGCGUAAGCGCUGAUACGACCAAUGCUAUAUGGAAAAGAAUGUUGCAGCCCGGGCAGACCUACGGUCUACGACUCUCCAAGAAUAAUGGCAAAAUAGUCGCAUGUUACACCGAUAAAUUCUCCGACCGGCCCGAGAAUGCUCAGAAGCUGCGCAUUGGUCGUGAAGGAGGUACAUACUAUUUCACCGUGCACGACGAUCCAGCGCCCCCAAGACUCUUCGCCAGACUGUCGAUGCCCCACCAAGCUCAUCUGACGGGGCCCAUUCCGUUCAUUUUUACCAUAGAAUACACAACAGACAGUCCGUCACCCCUCGUUCUUGACAAAUCCCGCUCCCCACUUUCAGUCUUCUCCGAAGACCUCAAGUCUCUCGACUCACUCAUCGACUGCCGCGACAAUAGUACCGGUGGGAAGGUAACCUGGUCUGCUGCUUUUGGCUGCUGGGACUCCGAUCCUCACCCAACAUUCCCGGACAAUGACGACUUUGUAGAGAUAUCAGUGGAUAAGCCGUGGCGAUUCGAAUGCACGUUAGAAAAUCUAGAGAACGACUACGAGUAUGUGCGUAGCAUGGAAGGGUUGGAAGCUGAGAAGACGUACACUGCAAGAAUUGCUGGGCGUGCUCUCGGUCCAUUUAGUCGGUGGCAGUAUGGACUGAAGGGGGAUUUACUGGAGGGAACGCUAGAAGAGAGGAUAAGGAGGUGGGAGCUCGAUACGGAUAAGUUGGGGAGCUUGGAGGUCGAGAUGGUCGGUGAGGAUGUAGAGUUUGUGGCUGUUGCGUGA